CGGCCCUGGGUCCCCUUUCCAGUGUAGCGCCAAACGGCCUGGGCUGGGAUGAGUUCUGAAAACAAACGGUUUUGGGAAUCCCGCUUGGUUUGGCUGAUUCUGGCCAGCCCAUGGCUCCGGCACGGUUGCCCCAGCCCCGGGUUUCCCCUCCGAAAUGCACCAGAAGCUCGCAGUGGGCAUGCCAGGUUAUGGCAGGGUUUUGCCAGGCAGCGAGAGGCACGCUCGAGACGCGUUAGUGAGACGGCAGGUUGGAUGAGGAGUCAGAGUCUGAACUUCUUCCAGGUGUCCCUUUAGAACAUUUCUUAUUUCUCCACUUGCUUCUCCCAAUGGAAAACCAACUGGGUUUCCUUUUCUGCUGUUCAUGCUGAGCAGUUGCUUGGAGAGGUGGUGCAUGAGUGGAGAUACAUCUGGUGAUGAUUCGGAUGUGGGAAUCGCCCCGGACGCGGUUGCUGCUGAUGCUCCCCUGGGAACAUGCCUUGAUAGGGAAUUAACACCAGUCAGUGAUGGGCUGUGGGACAAGCAAAGUGCUUCCCGAGCCCCCCAAAGAUGUGCAGCUAGACCUGGUUAAAAAAGUGGAACCUUACACCGGCCACAGUGACAUAUACAAGCAUUUCAUCAAAGAUGACUGCGGGGCUGUCAUCAAAGCUGGCUCUCCCUCCCCUCCGCAGCACACCAACCCCUACCCCGGGAACCCCCUGCCCGCCCACCAGCCCGAGCCCCGCAAGAACAAAGUGGCCAAAUACCGCGCCAAGUUCGACCCCCGAGUGACGGCCAAGUACGACAUCAAAGCGCUCAUCGGGAGGGGCAGCUUCAGCCGCGUGGUGCGCGUGGAGCACAAGGCCACCAAGCAGCCCUACGCCAUCAAGAUGAUCGAGACCAAGUACCGGGAGGGCCGGGAGGUGUGCGAGUCGGAGCUGAGCGUCCUGCGGCGCGUCCGCCACACCAACAUCAUCCAGCUCAUCGAGGUGUUCGAGACCCAGGACCGCGUGUACAUGGUCAUGGAGCUGGCCACCGGCGGGGAGCUCUUCGACCGCAUCAUCGCCAAGGGCUCCUUCACCGAGAGGGACGCCACGCGGGUGCUGCAGAUGGUGCUGGACGGGGUGAGGUACCUGCACACGCUGGGCAUCACCCACCGGGACUUGAAGCCGGAGAACCUGCUGUACUAUCACCCGGGAACGGAUUCCAAGAUCAUGAUCACGGACUUCGGGCUGGCGAGCGCGCGGAAGAAGGGGGAUGACUGCCUGAUGAAAACCACGUGUGGGACCCCGGAGUACAUCGCUCCCGAGAUCCUGGUCAGGAAGCCCUACACGAACUCCGUGGACAUGUGGGCGCUGGGGGUGAUCUCGUACAUUCUCCUCAGCGGCACGAUGCCCUUUGAGGACGACAACCGCACCCGCCUGUACCGGCAGAUCCUGAAGGGAAAGUACAGUUACUCAGGCGAGCCCUGGCCCAGCGUGUCCAACCUGGCCAAGGAUUUCAUCGACCGCCUGCUCACAGUGGACCCCAGCGACAGGAUGACGGCCCUUCAGGCCCUGAAGCACCCGUGGGUGGUCAGCAUGGCAGCCUCCUCCUCCAUGAAGAACCUGCACCGUUCCAUCUCGCAAAACCUUCUCAAGAGGGCGUCCUCCCGCUGCCAGAGCACCAAGUCAGCGCAGUCCACCCGCUCCAGCCGCUCCACCAAAUCCAACAAGUCGCGGCGCGUGCGGGAGCGGGAGCUGCGCGAGCUCAACCUGCGCUACCAGCAGCAGUACACGGGCUGAGCGCCCGCCGGGCGCCCCGCCACAGGGCCACAGGUCUCCUCUGCGCUGCAGGUGUGCACACACUCAGUGAGGAACAGCCACGUUCCUCCCUCCCUCCCUCCAGGUGUUCCCCCCUCCCAUGAGGAGGUGUCCCCCUCACCCCGUGCGGAGGAAAGGGAACCUUGUGGUGGCCGUCCCAGCCUGCGAGCUGUGCCGCGGGGUCUCGCGCCAGAAACGGGGGAGUCCUUGCGGGCUCGGAGCCUCAAGGAAUUAAGAAGCCACGUGGGGAGAAGAGCUCUUUCUGUAGCCCAGGAGCUUGGUUGUUCAUAGUUAUUUAUUAAUUCCAGAGCGUUUAGUUUCUCUCACUUGUGUAUGGAAAAAAGAAGAAAUCACUUGGUGUGUCUGUGCAUGCACAUCCAUGCGUGCACAUACACGUGUGGGGGUGUAUAUGUAUUUAAAAAUUAUGUAUGCACAGAUUUUGAGCUGGUUUAGUCAGACUCCAUGGUGCCUUUGCAGCCAAGCUGGAAUGAGUCGUGCAGUUAGAAGUGGGAUAGCUCUGACUCACUGGUGUGCUGCCCACCAGCUCCUUGCCAAAGAGACGCCAGACAGCAGUUUUCCACGAGGGCUGGGAAGCUGCGAGGUUUCCCCCAAGGGCUGCCAUCCUCCUGAUGACAUCAAGGGCUCACUUGCCUGAUGACAUCAAGGGUUUACCCCUGGAAUUGUCCUUUCCCUGUUUGCAGCAAGACCAGUGCCUGUCAUGCAGGGUUUGUUGUUCUUGUGGCUCUGUGGUGUCUCUGACAUGUUACACACCUUGCACCCUUCAGAAGAAGAUUGAGAAGGUUGAGUUUUUUUGUGCUAAGGGGAAAAAAGAGGGGAGAAGUUUUAGGGAUGGGCUAUAACCACUGUAAGCACAAUGUUACUGACCAUGUCACCACACCAGAGCUGAACUCUCUGCAAGAUUUUCUUCCCAACUGGUUACAGCAGUAAAGUGGGGCUGAUGGCACAGGCACAGGAUGGAUUUAGCCUCUCAUGGUAGCAGAGUGAUCAGCAGUGAAGGAGAGUGCUGGGGUUUGAAACUUUUCUUACAAAGCCACAUGAUUUGCUUUGUGCUGUGCACUUGGGAAGGGCUUGCUUGGCUCUGGGCUGGAGGUGUGGGCAGUCCAAGCCCAAGAGUCUGGUGAGCUUGGCCUUUUACUAGGAUUGAUGUCUGUGCCACUGUGUUUCAGUAUCAGCAGGGCUGAAGUGGUCAGUCACAUCUCCAGGGAAUGCUCACAGUCACUCCUAGUCAGCAAACACCAAAGCAGCUUUAGUGAGAGAAGAUUUGAGUUUUCUGUGCUAAGGCAAAAAAAAAAGAGGGAUUUCUGGGGGUAAUUUUCUGGGGAAUUUCUGGCUUCCCACCCCAAAAGUGGGAUGGGCUGUAAAUAUGUGUAACCAGCCUGGUGUGCCCAAGCAUGUGGUGGGGCAAGCAGCAGAAACUUGAGGACAGCCACUGUGUGUAGCAGGAGUGAAUUCAAAAUCCUUUGUGUGGUUUUGCAUGCUAUUUUGAAAACCUCACAUCCUUUGCAGGCUGCCCUUGGUCUGAGCAACCCGUCCUACCGUGUCACAUGCAGUCUUUCUUCCAUCAGCAUUAACACAUACUGUAGAAUUCCCCCAAUUUUUUUUUUUUCAACUCUGUGGACUGCAAACAAAAAUGUUUUCAGCAUCUUUUACCUCCUCACAUUGUUUUUCCCUAGUUUGUUACCACAAACUAUAAACUAGAUGUGAUUUCUGACAAAGCAGGCAGCUUGCCACAUUUUGCUUCAUAAACAGUUCAUUGUCCCUCAUGGUACUGCAAACAGCUCUCCAAAAGCAGGAGCCCCUCUUAGGCCAGUAUCAGCUGGACCAUGGGGGCCCUGCAGGUCAGGUGGUGGCAGGAGGCUCCCUCGGAGCACUUCUGGUUUUGAGCUGUUACUUGAAGAGGCUUUGGUGUGUUUGGAGCAUCACUCCAGGCACUGUGAUUGCUUUUACCUCCUCAUGGCUGCUCCCAUGGCCCUCCCCAGAUUAUCCUGCAUUUUUAUCCAUAAAACAGGGACUUUGCCUGUGUGAGGGGGUCAAACUGAUGAACUGAGCCAAGACUGCUAGAACUGAGACCUUCCCUUUAACCACUAGACCGUCAAUAUGCACAGGCAUCGUGCAGAUACCUGCCCAUGCUGUUCUUUAUCCUUCUCUUAUGGGAUGAGGAAUACAUAAAGCUCUGGGCUAACGAGGCUUGUUUCUCCACCUUCACAAAGCAGAAUAAGAAUCUUCUCAUCUGUGACAAUUUUUGCUUCAUUGCUCUUUUCCAUAACUGUUUUUUCACCAGGGAAUGUUCGGACUGAGCGUUUGUGGUUACUUUGGGCUGGAGUAUGUUUUGGGAAGCAGGAGGUUGCUGUGCAGGUUCCUGACAGAGUCAGGUUUUGGAGGUGAUGCUCUGUGACUAGGAGUGAAUUGGCAGAAGGGAGGAUCCAUCACAUACAUGAGAAUACUGGAUAGCUGCACCUGCCUCUCCGUGGUACCGAGGUGUGUGCAGUCCUCGGGCACUCCACUGCUUGGGAACUGUGGGAAGAGGACCAAGGCCAUCCCAUAAAGAGCUUUGGCUUUUCUAAAAAAAAGAACUCUUAAUUUGUUUCACAAAUGCAAUAUUUUCUUGUGAGCAUUGAAAAAUCAGUGUAAACUUGGGAAAAUCUUUACAGGCUUUCCUUCCAUCGUUCAGUUUUAACACUCUUGGCUCACUCCCUCUUCUUUUUCUAAAUCCAGUAUUCGUAGGAGCUUUGCAGCCAGACAAUAAUGUGUGGUCAGAGGGGAGAUGAGCAGAGCUCUGUCCAAGUGACCCUGGAGUCCUCAGUGAUCUUUCACUAAGUCUGGAAAACUGUGAUGAUCCAAAUGCCACGUUGGAAGGUCUGGCUUAAGAACAAUUCCUCAGGUGCUUUUAUUCUUGCAAGCAGGACACGUUUUCAGUUGGGUCUGGUGUGGAGGGGGACAGGCAAAGUGCUGUAAUUCUGAGCCAUAGUCCAGGUGCCUUCAAUCUGUCCUCUGAGAAGCUCUUCACUGUGAAUUACCUUGAUCAUCUGUCUUCAUCCUACAGGAGCAGCUCAGUGCUCAGUUGGUCUUAAGUCUCAGGAGUUUACACUUUCCAGGAGUGCCUUUUUUGGGGAUUUUAGAAACUAAAAUCUCUCUGAAAUGUUUUUUUUUUUUCUAUCUUUCAUUUAAUUUUUUAAAUGUCCUUCUUUGACUCUUAAUGGUGGUUCUUAAUUUGGCUUGCAGGAUGUUUUUGGGAAACUUCCCUCCUGGGUGUGCAGGGAGGACAGAAGUAACACCUGCCUGUUCCAGACCACCACAAAUCUGAGUGCUUGUUUUGCCUGCUCUGGCUCACGCAGGGGAAGUGGAGUUGGAAUGACACCUAGUGGCAAACUGUGAUGUGUCCUUGUCCAAGCACAGCCCUCUCCUCGCUGAGUUCCCUCUGUUUCUGGGUGAGAUGCUCUUUGAGGAGUAAAGAGAAUUAGGGUGGUUUGUCUUUUGGAACUUAGCAGUACUGUGUAAAACAAUCCCAUCCUUUUGUCCCGGGCUGCUCUCUCGGGCAAGAGAAUUACAGCUUCAAAGAAUGUGGCCUUUUUUUAUUAUUUUUGUUGUGGGUUAUUGGAAAAGAAUGUGAAAGAAUCUUCCAGAAAUUGCGUUGGGGGUCUAAAGAUUUGCAUCCAGGUUUUUGAGUGUGUAGUGUAUUGUCCUAAAACAGCAGUUACCAGUCCAUGGUUGAUUUACUUCUCACUCAGGCUUCUGGAAAUCCUAACACAUCAACCCAGUGGGGGUAGAGACCACCCUUCCUUCGAUCCUGAAGAAGUCUGUGCUAUUUAACCCUGCAGUUGUGAUAGCAUCCAGAUGCUCCUGCUCUGUGUUGUUCUUGGAAGCACACAGCUGUACAUGGAAGAAAGCUUGAGAGCCUUGUGAGGAGUUUAAGCCCAGGCAAGAGGGCUCAGACUUGCUGGCUUUGGUGGUGAUGUGGAAACCAGCUGCAGUGUAGGGGCUGCUUCACGUGCUUGUUCUGGAUGUGAUAAACCCUCACAGUCUUCUUUGGAAUCUGUGUAUUUUCCUCUUUUAGGUGAGAUAUUUUCUGUUCUGGUAAUUUUCACUAUUUCUGAGGCCAUGCUCUAUUUCUCAGUCCUGUUUUCUACCCUGGUGUAUGGCUGCAGUACUAAGAGAGUCAACUUUUAUCUGAUGCUCAAACUGGAAUAGGAAUGAUGGUUCACUUGGCUGCUGGGCAGCAGCUCUGGGUUUGGCUCUGCAGGAGCUGUGGCAAGUCCAGGGGCAAGGUAAAAGCUUCCAUACGGUGCCUUUGAGGACCUGCAGUGGAGGCUCAGCUCAGUCUUGUACCACAUAGGGCAGGUAAUGUGUGGCUGUUACAGGCUUCUCAUUAGGCUGUGUGGGACCAUAUUGUUUUAAGUAAUGAUACUGAAGAUUUGGGGGGUUUGAGGUGGGAUAAAUUAAAAUCUCAAUUGUUUGACUUAAUUCAGUUUUCUAAAUGAUGCAAAGCGACACAGACAUUGGCUUCUUUGGCACCAGUGUGAGCCCUAGAAUUUGCAGGGAGGGUGGUUGUGUCCAGGCCUCUCACCCACUCAGCUUUCUCAUGGAAAGUGUCACAAAGUGCCUGUACCACUCAGUGCAUGUAACCAGUCCCAAGUUGCCUUCACUACUCUUGGGAGGGUUUUGGUGCUUUUUUUGACCACUCAGUCUCCUCUUUCACCCUGGAUUAAGAGUGCAGCACUCCAAGGCAGGUGCCUGCACGUCAGCUGUGCCUUACUGUGCAGGAAACUCCCCAAAGAAAUAAAUGUGAACUCCAGGGAUGUGUGGUGGUAAGCGACAUCAUGGAGCUCAGUGCCUUCCACCCUCAGUGUGCCAAGGGCAGUGGGAGCUCUGCCCGGUGACAAUUGUCCCUCUCCCAUGUCCCCCCCUGCCUGGUGAUACUGCAGAUCCCUCGUGUGUGACGGGCGAGCUCGGCUGCUGUUGCAGAGGCUGUUGCACCGUUUGCCGAGUGUGGAACCGAUGGUGGAGCAGAUCCGCGGCCCCGUGAGGUGUGUUACAAACCAGCAGCUCCUGCGCGGACGCCCAGAUGCCGUGAGCUUUCCUGUUGCCUUUCACUACGGAAAGACACCUCCCGGGAAGCCCUUGGGAUCGGAGAUCUUCCGGCACUUGAUGUUAUUUUUGGUCCAGUUUCCGGUGCUGGGUUGGAACGGUUUGGAAGUGACUCCGGUCUCAUCCAGUUGGUCUGUGUCCCAUCCAGGGUCCCAUUCUGUGCCUUGCCUUUCAAGUCCUGCUUUACUCUAAGGACCGUCCUGUCAGAUGAGCUGGGACCCAUUGUAAUUAGUCUGUAAUGUUCAAGUUAGAGUGUACAGAAUUAUUUAUUUGUUGUACUCGUUCUGCUAAAACAUGUCCAUGUAUUCUGUGUA